UAGCAUGUUUAGAUUGACAAGUAGAACAUGAUACACAAGAGGGCAUGUGAAGUUCAUUUUGUGUCGGACUGUGGAUAUGGGAGAUUAAUCUAAAAUUAUGGUGACAUUUUCCAUGAAAUGAAGCUGUUUACAUGGAGAAUGCAAAAUCGCCAGUGUGGUGUGGUAGCGGCGAUAGUUACUAUUGGAUCAUUGAUGAUGUGUGUUCAUUUAUUUGGAGAACUUAAAAAAUUAGGAUCUGCUGUUGCUCAGUUACAAGAUGAACAUGGAAUAAAAUCCAGGUCUUCUCGUAACUCACCUAAAUCUUCUGGCCACAGGCACUUGUCUGCUGCAAAAGACCAGCUAAACAAAGUACCAGAGAUAGUCCAAGUUGAACUCACUGGCCAUGGAGAUGAUGAUAUGGUUCUCAUCUACAACCGUGUACCCAAAACAGGAAGCACCUCCUUUGCUGGGAUUGCCUAUGACCUUUGUAAGGUCAACCACUUCAAUGUUAUUCAUGUCAACACCUCCAAAAAUGCUCAUGUUAUGUCCUUAUCUGACCAGAUGAAGUUUGUCCGCAAUGUGACUGAAUGGGUGGAAAAGAAGCCUGUCAUAUACCACGGACACACUGCAUUCCUUGACUUCUCCAGGUUCGGGGUUGCAAGUGUACCAAUUUACGUCAACUUGAUUCGUGAUCCAUUAGAACGACUUGUCUCCUACUACUAUUUUGUACGCUAUGGGGAUGAUUUCCGACCAAAUCUGCGAAGGAGAAAAGCUGGAAAUACUGAGACCCUGGAUGAGUGUGUAGAGAAGGGAGGCAAUGACUGUGACCCAGAGCACCUGUGGUUACAGAUUCCUUUCUUCUGUGGACAGGAUGCUAUGUGCUGGGAGCCUGGCAACAAGUGGGCUCUAGAAAUGGCCAAGGAGAACGUCCUGCGGCAUUACCUGGUGGUGGGGAUCACUGAAGAGCUGGGGGAUUUUGUGGCGGUCCUCGAGGCUGUCUUACCAAGGUUCUUCAGGGGGGCUGUCAAACUUUUUCAAGAAGGUACCAAAUCACAUUUGAGAAGGACUUCUCAUAAAGUGCCCCCAAAGCCAGAGACAUUAGCUAAGAUACAGGAUUCCAAAAUUUGGAAAAUGGAGAAUGAAUUUUAUCAAUUUGUUCGCAAACAGUUUCGUUUUGUGAGAUCUCAGACUUUUCAACUGGUUAAAGGGCAAUAUGUUGAGAAAAGCAAUCGAUUCCAUUUUGAAAAAAUCCGACCAAGAUGAGCUGAACAAAGGAAAGCUUAAGCCAUCACACUAUUUCAGUAAUAUGGUGCUCUGUAUGUUUUGUUGUUUAUAAAUUAUAAACUGAUUGGCUGAUGUUAGAUGAAUAACUGUAUACAGGGUUAUUUUUGCCCCAUGUAAUGUUCACUCUUCUACAUAAUUUGCAAACAGUUUCGCCCUGUCUUAAAUUUGUUCAGACACAAUUGUAUUGAAAGAGAGAUAAUUUGAGAAAAUUAACCCAUCUUUUAAUUUGCUACUGACAAGGAGGGAGGGUGAAUAUUUCCCUGCAUACAGUUUAGUGUCUUUUUUAAGGCAUAGAAUAUGUAAAUACACAAAAUUCUGCUUCCUUACAACACUUUUACACUGCAUUUGCUGAUAAAAAAAAUUGAUUAUUCUUGUGUUCAGAUUGACUAUAAGUAUUGUGAUCAAAUUUUAUUGAAGAAUGUUUAAUGUUACACACAGCUUUAAGAUAUAAAUAUCUUUACCCAGUCAUUGCAUGACCUAAUGAAAUGAUUUUAUAAUAAUGUGCUCUUAUGGUCUGUGUUAACUGAAUUUAUUUUUAUUUCCUUUAUUUCCUCUCCUCCCCCAUGCUCAUUGUUAAGAGAUGGUGAAUGGAUAUUUUCCUUCAGGAUCAUGAGAUUUUUAUGAAAUAAGAGAACCUUUUUUUUAAUUCUUAGGAUCAGUUAAUGUUGGACAAAGUAUAUUUUUUCCUGAACCUUUAUCCCAUGAUCUGAGUAAAUAUUGUUUUCCAUGAUCUUCUGUUUAAUCAUUCUUUUUGCCUCUGCACUUGUUAACGAAGUAUACUGAAUAUUUUUGUUAACCCAUCUGUGUCACUGUUGAGACAUAUCAUAUGUGUAUGCUAGGUUUAUAACUGAGAUGUUAGUCAUUGAGAAAGUCAGUGAAAAAAAAAACAUGCUGGUGUGAAACUUGAGAGAACAAUUAUAAUCUUCUUUAUAAUUAGAAUGUUCUCUUGUACUGGAGUCAUGCUGGUAGUUUGAAAGUUUAUAGGAAUUUCUGUAUGAAGGAACAUAUCAAGUGGUUUUUAAAAUACUGCAGUAUUUACAUGUACAUUUAAUCCCACAUUUCCUUCUUUCAAAUAAUAAUUAGAUAUAAAUGUAACUCAAUAGACAGUACUACCUCUGUGAAUUUUUUUUUUAUUUAGAGUUACCUCUCUUUGUUCUGUUUUUCAUGAAGGAGAAAUUGUCAUUUCUUAAGGAAUUAUAUACCAUAAAGAAUUAAUCGUACAUUUUUCUUCUCAUGAUUUUGAAGUAUUCGCAAUUAAUACUACUAUUUUUAUUAGCAUUAAAUGAUGUUUCUAGAAAUUUCAAAGUAUUGUCAAGGCUGUGCAAGUUAAAACUGACUUUGUGAAGAUUAACGAGAUCACUUGUAAAGCCAUUGAUUGGUGUAAGAUUUUAUAAUAAAAUUCUGUCAGUGUUGAUAAUUCAACUAUUUAUCCACUAGGAUAUUUAUUCAUGAUCAGGAACUUUAUGUAAAGAUAUAUUAUAAGUCAGGAGACUACUGUAGAUUCCUAAUCAGAAGCGAGGAAUUAAUAUAUGAGGAAAAUUGCAGGAAGCACAUCUCACAGAUUUUAAUAUCUUGCUUUUAUAUAUUGAAUAGAUGUAAACUAAUUGAAACUAAGAUGAAAAUUCCGCUUUGUUGACAUCAUAUUCAAGCGAUUUAAUGCAAAAUGGUGGAAUUGCGGAAUUAAGUACUCGCUUAAAAUAAGGAAUCUACAGUAUAUAUGUGCUAGAAAAAAUUAUUUAGCAUUACGUGAAUCAAAAGUUUAUGAUGGACAUUGAGAUGUCUUCAUAAUUCUGAACACAAAAAAAUGUGGUGGUACAGUGUACUUCCAAUUUUGAAUAUGUAUUUUGGUUGUGAGACCAAAGUCUGUUGAAUUUUGUUAUUCAUUCCAUGUCUGUGUUUGUAUAUGUUUUAAUUUCAUAUGUCUCCAAUAACCACAUUGUUGGAAACACACAUCCAGUCUUACUUGCAUCUAUUGACCAAGAGCCAAUUAAAUCACUCAUAAAUAAUGUAAUGUUUAUUGAUCCAAUUUCGUUGUUUUUUUUGGAGUUUUUUUGUUUGUUUGGGGUUUUUUUUUGGGGGGGGGGAUUAGUUAUGUAAGAAAACAUUUUACCAGGUAUAAACUAGCUAAUAAGGUCAAUGCAAGAAUUUGAUAAAAUCAUUUACCCUUAAAAAAGAACAAUACUCAUAUUUUGGUGUUUUAUACUUUUAUUGGCUAAAUUGUGUGACAUGCCGAGAAAUUUUUAUCUAAUUGACGAUGACCCAAAGUUUAUUUGAUACUGGACUGGGCUUCUUACACUGACUUGCAUAUUUUUUUUGCAUACUAUUGAUCUAAAAUCAUAAUUUUAGUUUUCUGAGAUGAUUUACUACCUGGUAAUCUACUGUUAUGAAUUUUGAAUUCUUACAUCCCUUUUAUAUGGAUGUGAAUAAUAUAGGAGAUUUUUAGGUAUCCCGAGAACUUUUUUUACUUUUUGACAAAAAAGUGGCAAAGCAUAAUACAAGGUAUUUGCUAAAUACAGGAAAGUGCCAUACUUACUUGACAUUGAAAAAAAAAUCUUUAAAUUACUAUUUCUUUUGACAACAAAGACAGUUUGUGUUAAAAUAAAGGGAAAAGCAAGAUAUCACACUUUUUUGAAUGUCAAAUACAAGAUGAAUCUUGACGAAAUAAAUGUGGCUUUUUCUAUGUCAGUGUUGAGAGAGUGUGUCAAAUAUUCAAGUAACUGUUAAAUCCAUUGUCUUCCGGACGUAUGUUCAUUUUGUCUAUUUUUUUGCCAUGUAAAUCAUUGAAUAGUCAUACAUGGAAUUUAAUUUAAACACAUUUGCUGUUAUAUGAUUUUACUUGUCAUUUUAUGUUUGUUAUAUGUAUUAAAGAAGGGAUAUUGAAUAAAGUUAGAAAAUCAA